UCAAUGGAAGUGGUUGUCAUGUCAAUACACGAGGUGCAUUGUGGGAUUGAAACGAAUUGCAUUGUGGGACGGCAAACCGACAAUACUGGUGCUUCAUAUUUGCGCGCUUUUUUCGGUUCUGUAAUGCUGAAAAGCAAUGAUACUGCAUUAAUGCGAGCAUAAGCAAUAGUCGGAGAAAAGGAUUUUUAUGAACAAUGCCAAAUUUUUGUGCCGCUCCGAACUGUACCAGGAAAAGCACACAGUCUGAUCUGGCUUUCUUUCGGUUUCCAAGGGAUCCAGAGAGAUGUAGGCUGUGGGUGGAGAACUGUCGGCGUGCAGAUCUUGAGGAGAAAACUCCAGAACAGUUAAACAAGCACUACCGGCUAUGUGCAAAACAUUUUGAACCAGCCAUGAUAUGCAAAACUAGCCCUUACAGGACAGUACUAAGAGACACUGCGAUUCCUACGAUUUUUGAUUUAACCAGUCACCUUGGCAAUCCUCACAGCAGACAUCGCAAACGCAUCAAAAUUCUGACAGAUGAAGAGGUUCAAAAGAUGAGAGAAAGACGAUUGGAUUCUUCACUUGACCAGUUGCUCUCAAGAAAAGAGUGUGAAUCUCAGGAUGGCAACGAGACAACUGAUGAAGUUCCUCAGCUGUCGACAGGACAAAAAGAAUGGAGAGAUUUCCUAAGGUCUUUAUUUGAAGUGUUGAUUUUAAUAGGAAGGCAGAAUUUUCCAUACAGCUGCAAUGCAAAUAAAGACGAGCUAGAGGAACAGCCCGAUUCUGUAAGUAACUUCCAGGCACUGUUGGAAAGCCGUAUAAACGCAGGUGAUGAAUUUCUCAGAAGGCGCUUUGAGACGACAUCCGUCGCUGAGGAAUAUUGGCCAGCCGUCCGGCAGAGGCAAAUGCUUGAGGUCUGCGAGAAGGGCGUCCGUGAAGAGAUUCUUCAGCAAGUCCGGGAAUGCCGUUUCUAUUCGAUGGUCACCGGGGAACUAGUGGAGUUCCCAGAUGGAGACCACCUUCCCAUAUUCCUGCGUUUCGUUGACCAAGCCAACACUGUAAGAGAGGAAUUCAUAGAGUUCCUUUCGUUGGAAGGUGAGGAGAUCUCUAUUGCUGAAAGAUUAGAGUCUUUGAUCACAAAGGAUUGGGGUUUGAGUUUGGAGCAUUGUAGAGGGCAGGCACACGCAGGUUCUGGUGUACUCGCCACCAAGAUGAAAGUCAUUGCAGCCCACCUAAAGGAGAAAUAUCCUAUGGCGGUGAUCACGCCCAUUUCUACCUGCGCACUUAACGUUUAUCUUGCGAAUGGCAUGCCGCUGACAGGAGUGCAGGUCGUGAUGACGGUUCUCAAAAAGACUGAUGCGUUUUUUAAAGCCUGUCCGUUGCUCCAGACCGAGCUUGACAAGGCCAUCUCCAUUCUCUGCCAGGAAAACACAGAAAAAGAAAGCAAUCUCAAGGAGGGCUUGCGUUCAACCUGGACUGACCUUCAUAACGUCUUUGAGAUGGUUGUUGACCUGAUGGAACCGCUUCUUCUCUGCAUGGACAGCAUACACGACAAUGAAGAUCUUAAAUGGAACGACCACAUCACCAGCGAGGCCUAUGCCAUUUCAGAGGCUCUAGCAGACUUUGAGUUUAUUGUGACAUUGGUUGUAUUAAAGAACGCUCUGUCGUUCACAAGAGCUUUUGGGAAAAACCUACAAGGAGAAACUCUCGAUGUCUUUUUCGCAGCCAACAGCCUGACAGCAGUAUUGCAUUCGUUGCACGAGGUAAUGGACAAUCUCGAAGUGUACCACGAGUUCUGGUUCGAAGAGGCUGUCAAUUUGGCUACCGCAAUGGAGGUCCCUGUGAAAGUCCCGAGGUUAUUCCUACGGAAGCAGCAGGCAGGAGGGGCCAUGGAAAUCCAGCCGGAGUCUUUCUUUAAAGAGUAUCUCACACUCCCCGUUAUGGAGUAUGUCGCUCAGGAGGUCAAGGACAUCUUCUCUGAAACUCAUCUUAAGGCGUUAAAGUGCCUGUCUCUCGUCCCGGCAGUCAUGGGGCAAAUGAAGUUCAACACCUCUGAGGAUUCCCAUGUGGACGUAUACAGGAGCGACCUGCCCCAUCCGGACACUUUGCCUGCCGAGCUGCAUUGUUGGAGGAUAAAAUGGAAACACAGAGGCAAGGAGGUCAGCCUGCCGUGCACCAUUCACGAAACUCUUCAGCACUCGGAUGUAAAGUUUUUUCCGAAUGUUAGUGCGUUUUUGAAAAUUUUGGCAACGUUGCCGGUGCUGAAGGUCGAUGGAAGUCACGGUGAAACUGCCCAAAAACGUUUACAGGCUUACAUUACAGACACAUCAUUACACCAAAGGUGUAAGAAUCUGGCUGUGCUAAACAUCAAUUACCAUAUAAAAACAGACUUGGAGGAAAUGGUUCAGUGUUACAUAAAAAGUUAUCCAGAGGACGGUGAAAGCGAUUAACAAAUCGGUAACCCCUAUAGACCCUAAUAAGUAAAGAUUUCAACACUUCUUUGGAGAUAAAAGUUAAAUUUGGCAUUCAUAUGCGUGUAAUUGUUUUGCAUUAUAUUUCUGUAUUGCUUUUCAUUGCAAUUGCAUUUUGUAUUUUCAUUUAUCUCCAUUUUUAUUUGAGAAAUAUAAUGUAUUUGUUAGGAUCUUUAUAAAAACCUCACCAUGAAAGAAAAACAAGAUUGUUUUGUUUGUUGAACAUGGUUGUGUGAAACUGGCAAUCGGAUAUUAAAAAUGACACAGGGUUGUUGAGUUUAAAUAACAGAUAUACACUAGUCAACAUUUAAAGUGGAUUGUCAUAAAAGGUGUCUAAAAACCAAUACCCGUUCUUUUCUUUUUGAUCCACUUUAAAUAUCGACUAGUUUAUAUAUUGUACCUUAAGCCUUAUGUGGUUCAUGUGACAGGAUCUAAAUACAACCCACAAGGCAUCCAUGUGUUUAUUUUUGAUUUGUGAAAUAUUAAACAAUUAUUUUGUUAAUGAAAGAUUGAGACUAAGUUAACAGAUGGUUGUCUGUCUAUCCUUCAAAUAACUAUCUUUCUUUAGGGACAAACAGCUUGGAAGGCCAUGCAUGAAUGAAAUUUAUUCCAUUACAGUUUUAUGUCAUUUUUUUUUUUGUUGUUUCCAAAAUGGAUACUUUAAUAUAUUCACAAAUACAUAUGACUUGCCACUGCAGUACACAAGUGUGUCAUAAAAAGAUCUUUAAAAGUCUGAGAUCGGUUUAUGAGUAGUUUAGACUGUUGUGCCUAACUGAUCUUUAGUAAGAAAAUAAUUUGGUGAUCAGUUUUUCUUUGUAUUUCCAGUCUGUUCCACUCUUGUCCUCAAGAGAGCAGCACGGGUGUGUGUUUCACUCCAAUUUGACUUAAAUGUCAAUGACUUUUGAAUAAAAUAUUCAAUAUUUUAUUA